UUUUAAUAAUCCAUAAAAAAUUCUCCUUCUUCUCUUCAUCGUUUCUGCUCCAGAAGCGCACACCAAAACCCUAGCCGGAGAGAUUCUCAUUUCUCACCCAAACAUACACAAAGUUUUAGGCUAUUCUUUCUAUUAUUGCCUACAAUGGCUGAUGGUCAUGAAUCAGACAAGAAUAUUGAGAUAUGGAAGAUCAAGAAAUUGAUCAAAGCAUUGGAAUCUGCAAGAGGAAAUGGUACAAGCAUGAUUUCUCUGAUUAUGCCUCCUCGUGAUCAAAUUUCUCGUGUCACUAAGAUGUUGGGAGAUGAAUAUGGAACUGCUUCAAAUAUCAAAAGUAGGGUGAACCGGCAGUCAGUGUUGGCUGCCAUUACUUCUGCUCAACAGAGGUUGAAACUGUAUAAUAAGGUUCCUCCCAAUGGUUUGGUCCUGUAUACUGGCACCAUUGUCACAGACGAUGGCAAGGAAAAAAAGGUGACAUUUGAUUUUGAACCUUUCAAGCCUAUAAAUGCGUCACUUUACCUCUGUGACAACAAGUUUCACACAGAAGCUCUUAAUGAACUUUUAGAAUCUGAUGACAAGUUUGGUUUUAUUAUUAUGGAUGGAAAUGGAACCCUUUUUGGGACUCUAAGUGGAAAUACACGUGAAGUGCUUCAUAAAUUUACUGUUGAUCUACCAAAGAAACACGGUAGAGGAGGGCAAUCUGCUUUGCGUUUUGCUCGUCUUCGCAUGGAAAAGAGACACAAUUAUGUCAGGAAGACUGCAGAACUUGCUACUCAGUUUUUCAUCAAUCCUGCUACUAGUCAACCCAAUGUUUCUGGACUUAUACUUGCUGGUUCAGCUGACUUCAAGACAGAGCUUAGCCAGUCAGAUAUGUUUGAUCCUCGAUUGCAAGCCAAAAUAUUGAAUGUGGUUGAUGUUUCCUAUGGUGGAGAAAAUGGCUUUAACCAAGCUAUUGAGUUAUCUGCAGAACUGUUAUCUAAUGUGAAAUUCAUUCAAGAAAAACGAUUGAUAGGAAAAUACUUCGAGGAAAUCAGCCAGGAUACUGGGAAAUACGUGUUUGGGGUUGAUGACACAUUGAAGGCUCUGGAGAUGGGUGCUGUGGAAAUACUUAUUGUGUGGGAAAAUUUGGAUAUUAACAGAUAUGUACAAAAAGAUAGUUCUACUGGUGAGAUUCUCAUAAAGCACUUCAACAAGGAGCAAGAGGCUAAUCAGAGCAAUUUCAGAGAUCCUGUCACCUCUGCAGAGUUAGAAGUUCAGGAGAAGAUGCCGUUGCUUGAGUGGUUUGCGAAUGAGUACAAAAAAUUUGGAUGCUCACUGGAAUUUGUGACCAACAAAUCCCAAGAGGGAUCACAGUUUUGCAGAGGAUUUGGUGGUAUUGGUGGUAUCCUACGCUACCAGCUUGACAUCAGAUCGUUUGAUGAGUUAUCUGAUGAUGGAGAAGUGAGCCAGGAUUCUGAAUAAGCAUCUGUUAUACAGUAUGUAGUGCUUUCAUCAGAUUUUCCAAUAAUAGAAUGAAGCACUAUAGCCUCCGCUUCAAAAAUUCCUGGAUAUUUACUUGGAUUUUAUGAUACUAAAACUUGUCCUUUGUUGUUACAUGCAUCAUAUA